UUACACGCAGGUGAUGCUUCCCGGAAGCUUCGUCUUCUUCCAGAUUUCUUCUCUGCAUGUCCUUUUCAUUCCCCGCCACUUGCCUGCAUCUUCAUUCUCGAGGCUCGACGGCGCUUCUCUUUCUGUCCACUCUCACCAAGUUCAAAACUAACCCUUGAUUCAGCUACACAUACAAACUCGCAUAUGAAGAUCAUGCAUUUAUUGGACACGCAUAUCCAGUAACUUGUUCUUUCUCGGCGCUGAAUUUUCCUUGACAUUCGCGAUUCCGAAACUUGGAACCACUUGGGGCCGUGGAAUCAUCAUUUGACCCGUCUGAGUGACCAGAUCGGUUGAGCUUGAAGUCUGCAAAUUUAUGUGAGCUAGUUUCUCUAGGGGUUUACCCCUCUCUAUUGGGUAAAAGCAGAGUCUACAUAUUUACCCGAGAAGAAGGUGGUUAGGUUAUCUGCUGAUUGAAGCUUGCUCUGCCAUUUGUCACUGCUGAAGCUCUCUGCAUUCGCCCUCUGCUGAUUGAAGCUUGCUCUGCCAUUUGUCACUGCUGAAGCUCUCUGCAUUCGUGACAUUGGAUGUUUGUUGAUACGAGAGAAUAAUGAUGCGAUCUGGAGAGGAUAGUGUUGAUCUUGAAUCUGAUGAGAUCCCUCUAAGCUCAUCUCAGAGAACAAUUAAAAUACAAAGUUUGCAUUGUGAAGUGCCUCAUAAUCACAUUCUAUUGACUAGAGCCUUUUCAUCUUCAAGAUUCUUGAGAAUGAUGCGUCGGAAUACUGCUCUCAGAAGCAUUUACAUUAUUCUAAUAAAAGCAAAGAUCAAUGUGUUGCUUCCUUUUGGCCCGCUAGCAAUAGUGCUGCACUAUGUUACUGGGAAGCAUGCAUGGGUCUUUUUUUUCAGCUUAUUGGGCAUUGCACCGUUAGCUGAGCGUCUAGGAUAUGCUACCGAGCAGCUGUCAUUUUAUACAGGGCCAACAGUUGGCGGCCUUCUGAAUGCCACUUUUGGCAAUGCUACUGAAAUGAUAAUUUCAAUAUAUGCACUGAAAAAUGAUAUGAUGAGGGUUGUUAAGCAAUCAUUGUUGGGUUCCAUUUUAUCAAAUAUGUUGCUAGUUCUUGGAUGUGCGUUCUUCUGUGGUGGGAUUACACAUCACAAAAAAGUUCAGGUUUUUGACAAGGCAAGUGCUAUUGUCAGCUCAGGGUUAUUGUUGAUGGCUGUGAUGGGCUUAUUGUUUCCUGCAGUGCUACACUUCACUCGCACAGAGGUCCAUUUUGGAAAGUCAGAGCUAGCUCUUUCCAGAUUUAGCAGUUGCAUAAUGCUUGUGGCAUAUGCUAGCUAUCUAUUCUUUCAGCUUAAGAGUGAGAAAAACUUGUACAGUUCAAUUAAUGAGGAGGGAGAAAACAAUGCAGAAGAAUUUGAUGAUGAAGAAGCCCCCGAGAUCACACAAUGGGAAGCCAUUUGGUGGCUUGCUAUUUUGACCAUAUGGAUUUCUGUAUUAUCUGGUUAUCUUGUAGAUGCUAUUGAGGGAGCAUCUGCCUCGAUGAACAUGCCUGUUGCUUUUAUAAGUGUGAUCUUGCUUCCAAUUGUGGGGAAUGCAGCAGAGCAUGCAAGUGCAAUAAUGUUUGCGAUGAAAGACAAGUUGGAUAUUACACUCGGAGUAGCAAUUGGGUCAUCCACUCAAAUAUCAAUGUUUGUGGUUCCAUUCUGUGUAGUUGUGGGAUGGUUCAUGGGAAAGUCUAUGGACUUGAACUUUCAACUUUUUGAGACUGCAACACUUUUUAUUACAGUUCUAGUGGUGGCAUUUAUGCUACAGGAAGGGACAUCAAACUACUUUAAAGGUUUGAUGCUUAUAUUAUGCUACCUCAUUGUUGCUGCAAGCUUCUUUGUACAUGUAGAUCAACCAGAUGGUGCAGAGUAAUGCCGCUGCCACGUCAGUUGACUGUUCUAUUUAAAACAGCCCUCCGUUACUAUGAAGCGUUGGAUUUGAAACUGGCAGUUUGAAAAGCUCUGCAGUCACAAAUACACACAAACACACACACACACCAUUGGUUUUAUAUUUUCCGGCAUUGUGUCCUAUACAUACAUACAAACAAAUAUGUAUAGCUUUUAGACGCAAUCCUUAUAUGUCAAUGGUAGAAAGCAGGAGUCCAUGACAAAUGUACGAACACGCACACAACACUCAUUGGCCUGGCGGGUGGGUACUCUGCGCUUGCAUUGCAAGGCUCUCUAACUCUUUUUUCCGAGUUAGAAUACAUUUUAGUUAUCAUUCAAAAGGCCAUAUGAAGACGUUUUGUACUGUGAAUAUAAUUUUUUUUCUUUG